UGCAACCCAAUCCUAUCACCACGAAUCCUUGCACUAAAGGAAUGGGCUUCCCUUUGGUUUCCUAUGCUUUGCUUGCUUCUAUAACUCAUCCGAAUCUUCUCCUCUUCUUCUCCUCCUCCUCCUUCUUCUUCUUCUUCUUCACUGUCUCAAUCUUUUUCUCAUAAACAUGCAUACAUGAUGAUCUAUGCCAUAUAUGCAUGCCUUAUUUGAGGUCCCACAAAUACUAAAUUUAUGAGCCCUUGAGUGUUCUCAUCCAACUCCAACCAUCUCUCUCUCCAAGUUUAAAAGUGUCUAAGUCUACAGCUUCACCCAAACUUAACUCCUCACCUCUCCCUUUUCCACCUAUUAAACUAUCAAACUAACUAACAAACAAUCAAACAAACUCACUCUCUCCACCUCCACCUCCUCUUUCUUCUCAUCCUAUUCUUCCAUUACUUCCCUUUUCAUUCAUUCAAUUCUUGUUUCUUGUUCUUCAUUAUAAAUAUUAAACCACUCCUCUUCUACUCUUUCAUCUUUCAGCAAUGGAAGCUAUUGAUGAAGUCACCCUUGAUCUCUCUUCUACUACUGCAACCACAACUUCUAGUAUCAAAGGGAAGCGAACAAAACGUUUAAGAGCUGUGAGUUCUUCUUCGUCCUCUGAUCUCUCCGGUAGCGCUACCGAAGAAGAAGAAGACAUGGCUAAUUGCCUCAUCCUUCUUGCUCAAGGCGGCAUAAUCACAGCAACAACAACAACAACAACAAUCGAAAAGUCUGAGAAGUUGAUCACUAGCAAGAAGUCUUCGGAAGUCAUAACUGGAUUAUCGGUUUAUGAGUGCAAGACUUGCAACAAGUGUUUCCCUUCCUUCCAAGCUCUUGGUGGUCAUAGAGCAAGCCACAAGAAGCCGAAGAUUCUUAAUAUAGCUGAUGAGAAGAAACCGGUAAUUGAUGAAGAAUCUAUAAUCAAGACUGUUUCGGUUUCCACCAAUGUCUCAAACAAGCCUAGGGUUCAUGAGUGUUCGAUUUGUGGAUCGGAAUUCUCUUCGGGACAAGCUCUUGGAGGACACAUGAGACGACACCGGCCUUUGAACAUGCCGGAGACACCGCCGGAGGUGAAGAAGGAGAGGACACUUUUGUCAUUGGAUCUCAACCUGCCCGCACCGCCGGAAGAUGGUUCCUUUCCUUUCACCUUUUCGGUCUCUAAACUUGUUGAUUGCCAUUACUAAACAUCAUCACCUUAAUUUUCUUU